CUGCUGCCAAUCGGCGCGCCUCUACAACGCCCCUUAAAGGCGCCGCCACCGCCUCUGGAGCGCCCGGCGAACCAAUUCAUCGGUUCCGGCCCCCACCUGCAGUAUGGAGUCGCCUCGGGGGCGGCCCGGGCCCGAGGCCGACCUUCGGGCUCCAGCGGAACAGCAGGCCGCGAUCUUCGGCGGUGGGCCAGGCCGAACGCCCUCUGAGCCGCCCUCAGGCCUCCGAGUGUCCGGGAAGGAAGAGGCCGAGAACGUUGGGGGCGCGAGCCGCCACCCCAGGGCGUCCCCGAAGACUUCGAGCUGCAGCGUUUUCCACCGGCCGGCUCAGGAGGCUCGGGAAGACGAGCCUGGGCCCCAAGGGACGCUGUCUGGGGCCCGGAGCCGCCGGGGGGCGCCAGGUGCCGAGCACGACCCUCCCCUGUCCUCCCGGCACAAGGACCCUGAGCCUCCCGAGGACGAGCCUGCGUCCGAGAGGGUCUGCCGUCGAGGGAGCCCGGGAAGCGACGAGAUGAAUGUUGAGCAACAGCAUGAAGAGGAAGACAACGACGAGGAGGCGGCGGCUGCGGGCAGGGCUGGCCGCUCGUUCUCUAGUCGCCUUCAGGACAGCCGCAGCCUGGACGGGCUGAGCGGGGCGUGUGGCGGCGCCGGGUCCUCAGGGUGUGCGGAGUCUGGGGCCGGCGGCGGGCGCCGGGCCACCAUCUCCAGCCCCCUGGAGCUGGAGGGUACAGUGAGCCGCCACGGCGACCUCACCCACUUUGUCGCCAACAACCUGCAACUCAAGAUCCGUCUGAGUGGCGUCCCUCCCCCCCUGCCCCCUGCCCCUGCGCGGCCCUGCCCAGCGCCUGCAGCCACACCCACACCAGUCAUCCAGCCCAUCGACCCCGACGUGCUGCGGGAUCUGGAGCGGCUGAGUCGGGAGCUGGGCGGCCGGGUGGACCGUCUGCUUCGCGGGUUGGGUGGCGCGGUGCAGGAGCUGACCGCGCUGAGCGUGGGCUGCAUUCAGACCUACCGCGACGCCGUGGACUCCUUAGGAGAAGCCGUGGACAUGAGCAUCAAGGGAAUGUACACCCUGCUGGCACGCUGCGAAGAGCUGGAGCGAGCUCUGCAGCCGGUUCAGGGGCUGGCGCGCCAAGUCCGGGAUAUCCGACGCACUCUGGAGGCGUGAUGUGUUCCAGGAUCGGAAAUAUUGCUUCAAGAGCUUUCCCCAGUUACAUUUUUUGUCUCCAAAAAUUAACAUCUAGUUUUCUAAAAAGAGAACUCCUGGCCCGUACGGGGAUCGAACCCGCGACCUUGGCGUUAUUAGCACCACGCUCUAACCAACUGAGCUAACCGGCCAGUUGAGGACAAGUGGUGGAUAUGAAAUCAUGUAAGUGCAUAUAUACUGCUCCACCCUAUCUCGAGGGAAUCUUUAAGUGGUAAAACUAUUCUAGAAGACAUGAAAGUAGAAUACGAAAACUGAUUCACUGAGUAUUUAGACAAGUGACAGCCAGGUCGCGAUACUGGCAAGCACAGAUGAUGGGACUUCGGCACUUGGUUGCAAGUUCAGGAGCAAAUAUGACGUGCAGGAAGUACAAAAGGUUCAUAACACCCACCCGACCAGAAACGCAAGAUGCCUGAGGUCACCCGGCAGAUUCCGUGAAAGAGGAUAGCUGGAAACGUGGGAAAUUAUGUAGGCCAGAUGCUGCAAAGCCCUGUGACUUUCAUAGCAGGGUCUAUGCAAAAGCAGGGCAAGUACUGAGGCACCGCUGGGAUUCGAACCCAGGAUCUCCUGUUUACUAGACAGGCGCUUUAACCAACUAAGCCACGGCGCCUUCCGUGAAGGCCAUGGCAGCGUAUUUCUCUGGCCAAAUCAGCUGUAUGGUCGGUGACUGACUGUAAAAGUGGCCUCUGAUUUGAAGCUGUACUAGAAAAUGUGAUGGGACAAAGGACUUCGUUGGGGAAGUGAAAGAGUGCCAAACACGGAAGCUGAAUGGGGCUGGGGCAGACCGAGAGAAACAAGAAUAUGCUAGUUUUGACACUACAAAACCGUAGUGCAAGCCGACGAGGAUGGGAUUCGAACCCACGCGUGCAGAGCACAAUGGAUUAGCAGUCCAUCGCCUUAACCACUCGGCCACCUCGUCUGCAGAAAAGUGGCUCACAGUUUCUUCUCUGGGGCCUGAACUCAUACUCCUGACUGGGGGCCGCCUCUGUCACGAAGGGAGAGCGUUAGGUAGGAGCCUGCCCAGCACCGCGAAGCCGGAGACCAAGAGACCUCCUUGCCUGAGCGAUUACCCGACCCUUUUCCCUCUGGGCUGAGCAGUCUCGAGCUGCGCCUGUCUUUAGGAGCCCGGAUAUUCACCCAGAAUUACCGUAUUCGGAUCCGCCGCAAAAACCCACUGGAGAGUGUUAGAAUCCUCCGACGGGGCGGCUUCGGGACUUAGAACCAGAAGCCCUUCCCUUUCGGCUUCUAAGAAAUACUGCUUCUUCUCUGACCUGAACGCUGGGGCUGGAAAACAGUCCAAAAUAAGCGUAAGUAAAUAAAAGUCCUAAGAGAAAAAGUGACCCCGACGUGAUUUGAACACGCAACCUUCUGAUCUGGAGUCAGACGCGCUACCGUUGCGCCACGAGGUCAGCCGGCCACAGGGGUGAACAGGUCUCCUCUUGACCACUGUGCGGCCAGGUGGCCGGGGUCUAAUGAUCAUGACCUGGAAACCAAGGACUGUCCUGCCAUUCUGAACACCUGCAAGGGCGGUGCCUGUGCUUGUCCCCUUGACCCGUGGGGACGAGCUUAAGCUAGUAGUCCAUCAUUUUCGGGAUUAAGUCUUAACUACUUAGCUGACCUCCAAAGUCAAGCAAUAGAGUGGUACUGUUAAGCAUGUGAGCUCUGGAACCAGGUUGUCAGGGAUCUCAAGGGACAUGUGCUUUGCUACUUAUCAGCUGUGUAAUUAGGGCUAGAUUUUUGUCUUUGUUUUGUUUUAGGUACGGGGUUUCCCUGUGUUGCCCAGGCUGGAGUAGAGUGGCUAUUCACAGGCGCAAUGAUUACGCACUACAGCCUGGAAGUCCUGGCCUCACGCAAUCCAUCCACUCACCCGGCUUUGCCUCCCCAGUAGCUGAAACUACAGCAGCCACCCACCACACUCGGCUUAGGAUACUUUUUAAAAACCUCCUGUGUCUCAAUGUCCCCAUCUUUAAAAUGAUAAAGGUUAAUAACUAUUAAUUUAUUUACUACAGAUUAAGUGUUCAGAGCCUGGCUGGGAAUCAUUACUCAGUCAUUGUUAUUAUUAUUACUACUACUACCUGGAACUUGCUUGAUUCUUUAGCCAUGUCCCCUCACCUCCCAUAUGACAACCAUGCUGACUCCUUUACAGUUGCCUAAACUCACCCCAGUCUCUACUGUCUGUGCCAUCGUCCCUGGUAUCGCUUGAUGGUCUUUCCAAUUCUUGGUUACCUGGCUGGCCCUUCCAGACCACACAGGACUCACUCAGAAACUCCUCUUCGCUUCUUGGGGAGAAGACCCUUCCUAUGUCUCCUCAGGAUGACACUGAAAAUACCAGAGUUUAGUUGUUCCCUUGGUGUGUCCCUCACUAGACUACUAGAGAGUAGGAAAUAUAUAUUCCUAGUAUCCAGCACAAUUCCUGGAAUAUAUGUUCAAUAAAUAUUUGUGAAAUUAGUGAGAAUGGCUUUAGCAAAAGCAAUGGGGUGGGCAAGAGCCUAGCUUAAAGAAGAAGGAGACAUGUCUGGGUAGCUGAAGAGCAUUGGGGUGAGUUAGAAAAUUUUGCUAGAAAGGGAAGUUGGGUCGGUGAAUAUGGUUACCAGGGAACAUGGAGUUGUUCUCUAGUCACAGAGUGGUUCUGCAGCACUUGUGAAGAGUGUACUGUGAUGUUUCUCCUCUUUUCAUUCUAACAGUUUUCAAAUUUUAGAAAUCAAUAAAUAACUUCACUCUGUUCACAUUGCCCAAUAUGGUAGCCAUGAGCCACAUGUAAUGUGUUAGCUGGCUACCAUGUUGGACAGAGACAAUAUAUAAUAUUUUCAUCAUCAAAGAAAGUUCUGUUGGACAGCACCAGCCCAGAAGCUGAAAGCUGGUAGACUGAAGGGACAUUGUAUACUGUUGCCAUCAAGGUUUGUUUGUGAUUUUUUUUUCUCAUUUUUUCAUUUUGAAGUUGGAAAUCAUACCAGACGCGGUGGC